UUUUUUUUCACAGCAGGGACGUCAAUUUUCGGAGACGUGCUGCUCGGUGGCUGUCUGGGCUGUUUGGUUUUUGGAGAAGGUAACAUCAUGGCGUCGGGUGCUGGAGAGCCGUCCGCUGGACACGAUGCGGAAUUGGAUGAAUUAUUGGACAGUGCGUUGGACGACUUUGACAAGGCAGCAGCCCCUCCAGCUCCAGAACCUGCCGCUGCUUCCUCCUCAGCCAGCAGUGGUGCAGAGAAGCCACCUCUGCUUGAAGACAGCAAACUCUUUGAGACUCUCUUCGAGGGAGACAUGGCCACCCAAGCUAAGGAGGAGUGGGAGAAGGCCAUGACUGAGCUGGCCCAGGAGGAGCCGGAAUUACUGCAGCACUUCCAAAAGUUGUCAGAGGCUGCAGGAAAAGUUGGCACUGACACUGCCUCCCAACAAGAAUUCACCUCCUGUCUUAAAGAAACCCUCCGUGGCCUGGCCAAAAAUGCAGACAACCUGCAGUCUACAGGACUAGCUGGAGAUGACCUUGUCAAGGCGUUAGAAGGCCUGGGCUUGGAAGAGGGUGGUGAAGGAGGAGGUGGUGAUGAGGGGAACAUCCUGCCCAUCAUGCAGUCCAUCAUGCAGAACCUUCUCUCCAAGGAAGUGCUUUAUCCAUCUCUCAAAGAGAUCACUGCUAAGUACCCAGAAUGGUUGGAUUCCAACAAGCCAAGCCUCAGUCAGGAGGACUACCAGCGCUAUGAGCAGCAGGCCAAAAUCAUGGGAGAGAUCUGCACCCACUUUGAGAGGGAGGAACAGGGGGCAGCAGAUAAAGACAACAACUUCGAGAGCAUCAUGGAAUUGAUGCAAAAGUUGCAAGACCUCGGCCAACCUCCCAAAGAGCUAGCUGGUGAUGCGCCUCCAGGCUUUAACUUUGACAUGGAGUCCCUCAAUCUCCCAGGAGGCCCUGGGGCUGGGGCAGCAGAGCAGUGCUCCAUCAUGUGAUGAGGUAGCGGUGCGAUCCAUCAGAAGCACUGAGGCCAGAGGGGUCACUCUGUGUGUAUCAGCGACAGGCAGGGUGUGAAGGAGUGUGAAGCGAUGGUCAGACAGGAGCCGUCGACGCUGCUCUCCGUCAUGAUGGUGUGUGGAUGCAGAAACAACAGGAGGAAGCACGAAAACCAACAGGAACCACACAUACAAACACACUCUCGUCUGUCUAAAAUCACUGAGCGCACAACUGAGAACAUUUUAACAUCUCUGCAUUAGUUUGUCAGUGGUUGCCAUAGCUCCUUCAAGAUUUACUUUUAAUAGCAUUCCUUUAAAAAUAAAUUACCACUGCCUUUGUCCAUGUUGUUUUUACAAUGCUGUUUAGGCUCAUGGUAAAAUCUAUGAAACCACUUCACGGGUAUAAACAGUGCCUUUGCAAAAUGACUUUUAAGUUAAUAUUUUAGGUCUCAUCACAAGGUGUUGGUAUCAUUCAGCUUAGCACUUAUAAUGAUAAUUUUAUGGUGUGAAUUUGCAAUAUCACUCCAAGUUAGUGGUGAUUCUUUGGUACUUCAUGAAAUACACACUUCUGGUUGUGUACAGGAAUGAAUUAACAAGUUAAUUGGCUAUUAACCUGAAGGAAAAGUGGAAAAACAUGAGUGCACAUUUGUUAAUAAUUUGAAGAUUUAAAAAUACUGUAGAGGAUUUAACAUGUCAUGAAAAGCACCUACUGUAAUUCAGCCAACUAAUCUAAUAAGGCUAAUUCCCCCGACUGUCAUCCCCCAUACCCAGGUGUUCAUUUGAAGUGAUUGAGAUAUUGAUUCCCGGAUGCCUUUGCUGUGGUUACAAUGGUCAUUAUAGUGUAGAGUAACUGUGCAAAGUGCUUCCCCUGUGAUUCCCAGUAUUUUUAAUGUGCAGAGCGAUGCUUUCUUUGGUUUGAGGUCCGUGCUGGGAAAAAAAACAAACAAACACUUUCACAAGUGAUAACAUGACCGUAUAUCCUGGAUCCUCAAUAAAAAGUACAUUAGGUUCUUUCCGGAACGGGUUACAGGCAGAGUAAGAGGAGAGAAACAUGUCUAUAAUUAAUGGGUAACACAUCAACAGCCUGAUGUUAGCACAUUUAGGUUGUGGUUGGUGGGUUUGUUUACCCCAGCAGCCACUUUUUAUUAUCAGCUGCUAUUGCCAGAGGACAAUUAUGGCCCCCCUCGCUGAGCCUGUAGAGAGAGGUCUAGAAAUCCCACGACCAUCAGCUCAUCAAUAACUGUAUAAAGAAGGGGUACUGUGAAAGGAUUCAGUCAGCCGUGCACUGGGAGGGGUGCAAACUAUUCAACUCUCAGGGCGGCUGAAAACAUGCCCAGAGCACUGUUAAAAAAUGCAACCGGUUAUUUGACACUAUUAUGUUUUGUAAAUAUAUAAAAAAUAAAAUGAUGAUAUAAUGCAAUA